AGCAUGGACUGUAGCUGGCUGACAAAGAAAAGUCAUGUCAGGGGGUAAAGUGACAGAGAAACUGUGAUGGAAGUCUGGGAUGGAUGUCUGGGAUAGAGGAUAAGCCGUGUUCAACAAUUUACAUGUAUAAAAAUAUGUUGUUAACGUUAGCUAUCGUGAACCAUCAGAGGCCUGCAUCAUGAAAGUAGCUCUACUUAUUCAAGGCAAGUCCAAGUCAACAAAUCCAAGUCCAAAAUCCUAACAUAAUGCAAGAGUAACGUACAGCCAUAGCGCAGGUGUACAAUAGCGGGCCCAAACGAGUAGUCUCGCGCCUAGGUGUGAGCAGAUUAUUCAAAUAGGGCAACAAAGAAGUGGGGAUUGGAGGCUCGCUUGGCGCACAGAGCUAUAUCACUGCGUUUACAGCCAGCCGGCAACGUCAUUUCAACUCAAGUCAUCAUCAGACGCUUUUCGGCGCCUGUGGGCACUGCCGACUCAAAGACACACAUGCGCCAAUCCCUGACCAGACAGCAGACCAACGACCUGGGUACCCCGUGGUCCGAUAUCGUUUUUUAGAGGACGCCUUGCCCAUCUGCUACAGAGAGAGGCUGUUGGACAAAAUUAAGUGGCUGAAACUUCCACAAUGCUCGGAGCAGUCAAAAUGGAAGGACACGAGCAUUCAGACUGGAGCACCUAUUACGGAGAACCCGAGUGUUACACUUCCGUCGGAAACAUGAACGCUGGACUGGGAAUGAACACUAUGAACAGCUACAUGAGCAUGCCGGGUAUGACCACAACGGCUAACAUGACCACCGGCUCCAUGAACAUGUCCUACGUGAACACUGGCAUGAGCCCCUCAAUGACCGGCAUGUCACCCGGCCCCGGAGCCAUGAACGGCAUGAGCGCCGGGAUGGCGGGCAUGACCGCUGCUCUCAGCCCAAACAUGAGUCCAAUGUCUGCGCAGCCUCCGUCCAUGAACUCCCUGGCGUCCUACAACAACAUGAACGCUAUGAGCCCUAUGUACGGACAGUCGAAUAUCAACAGAUCCCGGGACCCCAAAACGUACCGAAGAAGCUACACACACGCCAAGCCACCUUACUCGUAUAUUUCUCUUAUCACCAUGGCUAUUCAGCAGUCUCCAAGCAAAAUGCUCACUCUGAGCGAAAUCUACCAGUGGAUCAUGGACCUUUUCCCGUUUUACCGUCAGAACCAGCAGCGCUGGCAGAAUUCUAUUCGGCACUCCUUAUCUUUCAACGACUGUUUCCUCAAAGUACCUAGAUCGCCGGAUAAGCCGGGAAAAGGCUCCUUCUGGACCCUCCACCCGGACUCGGGAAACAUGUUUGAAAACGGCUGCUACCUAAGGAGACAAAAACGGUUUAAGUGCGACAAAAAGCUCAGCAAGGAGUCAGGCAGGAAGACGUCGGAGGGUGGAUCUAACAGCAGCUCAGAGAGCUGUAACGGCAACGAGUCCCCCCAGUCCAAUUCUUCCUCGGGUGACCAGAAAAGGUCCAUGUCGGACAUGAAGUCCGGACAGGCGCUGAGCCCAGAACAUACGUCCUCCCCGACCACACAAGCGCAGCACCUUCUGUCGCAACACCACUCUGUCCUCGGCCACGACGCUCACCUGAAGCCGGAGCACCAUUACUCCUUCAAUCAUCCCUUCUCCAUAAACAAUCUAAUGUCCUCGGAACAGCAGCAUCACAAAAUGGACUUAAAAACCUAUGAACAGGUGAUGCAUUACUCUGGGUACGGUUCCCCAAUGACGGGGGCACUAUCUAUGAGUUCAAUGGCGAGUAAAGCGGGGCUAGAUUCGCCAAUGCCCGCUGACACUUCUUACUAUCAAGGUGUGUAUUCCAGACCCAUCAUGAACUCCUCUUAAAUUUCCCCGCUGCAGGUGGACAUUUUCCAGAAAUUUGUACAUUUGUAAAAUUAUAGUUUUGGCACAUGCAUUUCCCUUUAUUUUCAUCAUUUUUUAAAAUGUUUCCCACUGAAUUUAGAUGUCAGGUUUGUUUAGUAAUUAUUUUGUAAUGAUUGUUAAUAUGUGACAAAAUCUGUUGUUUUCAGGCUGACGCGGCGGCUUUUAAUACAGACCAAAAAUAACUAACUGUUGUAAAAUAAGGCUGAAGAUACCGAGGCUGCUAAUUGAAUUUUAGAUGCAAUGUGGGAGACUUAAGUUGUUCAAUCGUUAGUGUAAUCCUUAUUUAUGGCUUGUAAAUGUGUAUUCUUGUAGUUGACAACAAGGACAGAAUCUAUAUUAAAGUGUUAUUUGGAUUUUUUCUGAA